UUGACAUUUUGAAAAGGGUUUUUUGUAAGUUUUAUAAAGAUUUAUUUUAUAAUUCAGUUUACAUGUACAGAAGUGCAGCUGUAAAUGUUGCGUUGGUGUUCGUCUUGUGCGUCACCGUAAGCUACAGUCAGAUGUUACCAAACGUCGGCACCGUACUCUAUUCCAACGACGAUAAAACAAAAAACAAAUGGACAAGAGAUGACAUAGCUCUGCUCCAAGCUAGAAGGUAUUCCCAACAUCUUAUCCCACCUCUUGACACCAGCGAUGAGAUCAAUGAAGAAUACAUCAAACGCUUGCUAACAUACUUUAGAGAUAUUUACAAAACUAUCAAAAAUGUUAGCCCAGAUCCACAAAUAAAUGACAUCAUAACCACUGCAGUAUCCGAUACUUUAGGAGGUUACUUAAAACAAUGGCUUCUACCUAUCACUAAAUUCGCAUUCUACAGCGGUACGGUCAGCAAAAAGAGUGCAAUGAGAAUGUUCAGUUUCUACGAUGAUGUUAGAAAAUACUUAGAUACUGACGGCAGCAGUUGGAGCGCACCCAAUGUCAGAAUCCUCAAGUCAGUCGCCAUCAACAUCGCCCCACCUCCGAAGUUCACCUCAUCGAGCACCGGCACCUCUCCCUGUGACAAUCUAGUUUAUUACGAAAAAGAUGAUAAAGGUUUAAAAAUACCCAUGCCUAGUGUUACUUGGAGUAAUAACUCUUCAAUAAUGUUCCUGCCGCUUAAAAACCAAUCGUUCAUGUUUUUAAAUUCACCGGAAUCAGGGACGGUACUAUUUCAAUAUUAUGAUACAGCAAAGAGUUGCUUAAGAUCCAUUAGAAUGGCCGACGAAGAAGAAUUUAAUAAACGCUUUCAAACAUGGCUUAUGAACACAGUGUUACCGCAUUUGAAUGACGAGAACUUGUACUUCGGCUUAGACAGUGUACUUUGCUUGGUUAACAAGACGAAGGAAUUAAGUAAAAUGACAGAUUUCUAUGAAAAACCUGCUAAACCUAAGUCUGUACAUUUUCAUUUUGCAUCAAAGAAAGUGGUGAUAGUAACAAUUAUUCUGUUCCUUGAAAUAUGCUGGUGUAUUCCAGCUAUGAUUUAUAUAAAAUGUUCUAAGAAGAAGGAAAGAAAGCGAGGUGGAAGUAGUUGUCUGCACGUGUGUAUAUCACGUAAGGAAAAAUCAAUGACUACGGAGAGUUUAAUUGAAGAAAACAGCAUGCAGUUUAACAGACCGAGCAACGAGGGGCCAGGAGGGAAACUAUUCCCGAAACUUCUACGUUAUUCAGAUCUAGGUAUCCAGCACGAUCCUUCGCAAAAGACACCUUGUAUUAGUAGAACUGCAUACCCUGAACUAGAAGAAAAACCGUGCUCUACUAAAUCUCAUGUUAAAACUGAUUGCAACACUAACAAGAAAGAAAGUGAGUACUGCUUUGAUUGUACUUCCAAUCCGACUAUUUAUACGUCAACUAGUAAAGCAUUAAGGCCAUCAAUUUACAGCACAACAAAGAAACUCGUCGCUGCUAAAACUGUUACUUUAUUUAAAAAUAGUAAAACGAACAAUUAUUCUGACAUAGCAGAAAAAGAUACCGAUGAUAAUAGAAUCUUGUGUCCACCAAGAACUAAUUAUAAAGAAACUCCAGUUAAAUUUAAAGAACCUGUAAAAUAUAAUACAUUCAUUCGCCCGAAAAAAAGUGCUAAAAAUUAUACUGGAAAACCAUACGGUGGUAUUAAACUUGAACGCCAAGAACCAGAAAUCAUGGAUGUUAGUGAAAUAACUGAUAAAAACAAACCUGAAAUAACAUUAAAUCAAAUGUCUUGUAACAGAACAUCAGAAUUAUUCGUUGUUGGAACAAGCAUAGAUAUAAAAGAAGCACCAGAUAUAAAUAAUCCGAACAGUGGAAAUGUCGCGGAUAAACUUAAAAAAGAUAUAAUGAAAGAAAAUCUUCUUAAUAUGAUAGAAUCUGAAGGCAAACUAACAAUUUAA